AUGCUUGAGUCCCUCUUUGUUCUUCUUAUGGCAUCCAUUGCUCCAACUGUGAAUGCGUGGCCAGAUGGAGCACCGUGUGUACAUGCCGCUUUUGAGAGUAUGAAUCCAUUGGAAGCAGUUGAACAUCAGGGAGGACUUCAGUUGACGACGCCCCCAUAUGAAAUUGCAGUUGAUCAGAAAUGUUAUUGGAGGAAUCAGCCGAUUGGGUUGACCCUUCAAGGCCACAAUGAAUCAAUUUGGUUCAAAGGAUUCGUUAUCCAACCAUUCAAAUGGAAUAACGAUCAACUGGGAGAGCGAUUCGGGCAACUUGUGAGACUCGAUGACAAUGGUUCAUGGCAACAACAAUGUUUCAGAUAUCAAGUAUCUGCUACUCAUUCUCACGACGAGAAGAAGAAACAUAUUAAGAUGUGGUGGAAGGUUGAUGAUGAGGUGGAUACUGUGCAAUUUGUUGCCACCGUCGUCAAACAUCAAACCCAAUUCUGGGUGAAGUCCAUUCGUUCCCGCCCACUUCCUCCAUGUCGUCUGAAUCGUGAUGGCUUCCCCAACUAUCAGGCUCCAAUGCCAUCUGUCCCACCACAAGUGAAACAGUUCAAAAUGGAAACAUUCCGAGUAUUCGAUUCGAUUGGAGCCCAAGCGCUGGAGCAAUCUCUACCACAACAGCAGACUCAAUUCCAGCAGUCACAACAGCCACAGCCCGUAUCGUCCACGACACCACAUAUGUCGAGAAUUAUCCCAGUGGCAGAUGGCUUCCAACGUGGAUCUUCUGGAGAUGCUCAAUUGACGACACCAGCUAUCACACAGCCACCGUUCACUCAACAACCAACGUUCCAACAGACAUUCCGACCAAUUCCACAGCGUCCUCGUCAACGAAUCAUCGCUCAACAGCCACAAUCCGUUUUCAACAACAGACAGAACGUCUUCAUUUCCAGAAGACGUGGACAGAGUAAUAGUUUCUCCGCAAACCGACAAAAUGUGUUCCAACAACCACAGCAAGCGUUUGGAGGCGGUGGUGGACAAUGCGUUGAUCGUGAUCCACAAGGAAGAUGUGCACAGUGGAGGCAGUUUUGUGCAUCACCAUCUCAUCAACAGUAUUUGACGGCGUUCUGCGCACGAACAUGCGGACUUUGUCGUCGUCACUAA